UUUCCGGUUGGCAAGAUGGUGGCGCGCAGGAGGAAGCGUGGGGAGCGGGACUCCGAGCAGGGGAUUCCGAGCCCCCCGGGUUACUCAGCCAUUCCGAUCAAGUUCUCAGAAAAGCAGCAGGCUUUUCACUACCUCUAUGUGAGAGAGCACAGAGUUCGAGAAGGCACCAAGUCUUCCUGGCCUCAGAAGCGGACCCUCUUUGUCCUCAAUGUGCCCCCAUACUGCACAGAGUCUGUGCAGUUACAGGAGAAGCCAGAACUUGCUGACAGCCCAAAGGAGCCAAAAUCAAAGUUUUUUCACCCCACGCCCAUUCCGGGCUUCCAGGUAGCCUACGUGGUGUUCCAGAAGCCAGGUGGGGUGUCUGCUGCCUUAGUCCUGAAGGGCCCUUUGCUGGUUUCAACAGAGAGUCACCCUGUGAAGAGCGGCAUUCACAAGUGGAUCAGCAACUACACAGACUCAGUGCCAGACCCUGAGGCCUUGAGGGUCGAGGUGGACACGUUCAUGGAGGCGUAUGACAAGAGGGUAGCUGAGGAGGAGGCUAAGGCCAAGGAGGAGGACGGGGUUCCAGACGAGGAGGGCUGGGUGAAGGUGACCCGCCGGGGCCGGCGGCCCGUGCUGCCGCGGACAGAGGCGGCUAGCCUGCGGGUGCUGGAGAGGGAGAGACGGAAGCGCGCCCGCAAGGAGCUGCUCAACUUUUACGCCUGGCAGCACCGAGAGACCAAGAUGGAGCAUCUAGCCCAGCUGCGCAAGAAGUUUGAGGAAGACAAGCAGCGGAUUGAACUGAUGCGGGCACAGCGCAAGUUCCGACCCUACUGAGCUGAGCUGGUCCUGGAGCCCCAUGGAAAAGGGCAGCGAACGGUGGCGGUGCACUGCCAGGGAGGACCUGAAGACCUGGAAAAUUCGCCCAGACUGCCCAGGCCCAGGGGCUGCCAGAUCCGGGCCCACACGGGUGGAGGGGGAAAGACAGGGCCCUCCCGUGCUUCUGGUGCGCACGUUGGGCAUCGUGCUGGCGAGGCCUGCCCAGCGUGAGGGCGUGGGCCGCCGGGAGCCACCAGCCCAGGCCACAGUUGUUUCCUUCUCCUGGUCUCUCUGUUCCCAGCCUGCCCCUGGCCUUCCCUUUCCAGCUGGGUGUGUCUCCCUUCCCCUCAGUGGAAGAGCCCCUCAGAAGCAGUGAGAAUACAAGAACCGCUUUAUUUUUCAUCCACUGGGCAGUCACCUGGCUACUCCUCCCUUCUUCCGCUACCCGCUCUCUGCAGAUUAUCAGCCAUGAAACAGACAAUGCCCCCAAAUCCAAACAGGGUCUUGAAGUCAGAAAUGUUAAAAGAAUCUUGCCCUGCGUUCCCCCCGCCCCAAAUCCUGCCCAGGGUUCUCUGCCUCAGCACCUGCUGGGCUUCAGACCAGUGAGGCCUGUCCCCACCACACCCAGUCUGGCUGGGGGGCCUGCCACUAGGGAUCUGGGCGCUGGGUGGUGGGCACCAGGUCUCCGAAGGCCCAGGCUACGGCUCGUGUGGUGCUGUCUCCUUGCUCAGCAGAAAGGUGCUGAUGAUACCGGCCACGUUCUGGGGUUGGUUCAGGUGGACAUAAUGGUUGUCCGGGACUUGUAUGUACUGGAACCGCUGGAGAGGGGAGGGCAUGCUUGAUGAGGCGUAGCCCUUCUGGUGUGCUGGGGCCCUCCCAGGGCUUGCUGCCUCCCGGUGGUUCCAAAGGGUGCCCCACAGUGAACCACUGGGCAGACUGACCCACAGCUCCCCGGUCACACACUGACUAAGUCAGAGCCUGGCUCAGAGUCCGCGAGAAGGGCCUGAUUCAGGGGGAGAAAUGUCCAAACCCUGGAUUUCUGGGCCAUUCUGAGUUGUGAGGUUGUAGAGCUAGGCAUGGGAGGUGCCAGUAGUCAAGGGUGCUGCUGGUUCUGAUAAUUCUGUAAGGUCAGCUUGAAAGAAUGAGCAGCCUUUCAAACUUGAUCCUCCCUGGGAGACAGGAAGGCACUGCAGGCUGGUCACACACAGCUUGCCUUUGGUGGUGAUGCUGAGGUCUGCAGAGGCCCAGGGUCAGGUGUUUACAGCAGAUGAAGGUCAAAGUGCCAGGUGCUCCCAGGGACAAAGCCCAGGCCCCACUGAUGAUCAUCUGCUCACUCUAGAAAUGAUGGGAUGGCCUCUGGCCAAGUUGGACCUGGGCUGUGGGAUGUAUGUGGACAGUAACAGUGGGGCACUCUGCCAAUAAAAUGUGUUUCCUGUGCUGAGUUAAAUGUGAGCUCCAGGGGCUGACCCCCAUGGGGAGUGAGGCCUGUAGCUCCUGCCAGUCCCCCAUCAGACGUGGGGCUGGACCAGAGGUCCUAGU